GGUGGGAGAAAGAGAAGAAGUCUAGCGAGCUAGUAGAUAUCGGUCCUUCAUUGAUUAUUCUUUGCUAGCUAGUAGACCACGCAGUGUCGUUUCCAAUUUUUUUUUUUUUUUUUUUUUUUGGGGUGGGAGGGGGUUUGGAAAUUAAUAAUGGGAAGAGCACCUUGCUGUGAGAAGGUAGGGUUGAGGAGAGGAAGGUGGACAGCUGAAGAAGAUGAGAAAUUGAUCAACUACAUCAAACAAAAUGGGGAAGGGUCCUGGAGAUCCUUGCCCAAGAACGCAGGUUUACUGAGGUGUGGGAAGAGUUGCAGACUUAGAUGGAUUAAUUACUUGAGAGCAGACUUGAAGAGAGGAAACUUCACCAGAGAAGAGGAAGAGACAAUCAUCAACCUGCAUCGAUCUGUGGGAAAUAAGUGGUCCUUGAUAGCAAGCAAAUUACCAGGGAGAACAGAUAACGAAGUGAAGAACUACUGGAACUCUCACCUCAGUAGGAAAAUCUAUAGUUUUAGGUCCAGCGAUGGUUCCUCGGUGACCACCUUAGACAUGGUCAACAUGCCUAGCAAAUCUAAGAGAAAAGGCGGUCGGGUGAGCCGAGCGGUUGCCAAAAAGUACAGCAUGCACCCAAUCACAAAAGCUCCUCCUAUUACUACUACUACUAAUGAAACAUCAUCAUCAUCAAAGAUUAGCAGCACAAGUGGGAUUCAAGAGGCCACAACAGCAGCGCAAAAUGCACUGGUAGGUAUGGUCGAAGCCACCACACAUGGGGUACCUGAGUCCACGGCUGCAGCAGAAAAAGUUUCUGAUGACGCGGCGGUAGGUGCGGUUGAGGAGAGCGGAAAAUAUCAGUUGCAGCCAAUGGCCAAUAAUAAUUAUGAUUACGAUGAGAGCGAAGGGGGAUGCAUUAAUAGCAUGCACGAUAUUAGGUGUGGUGAUGGAGGUGAAGGAUGUGCGAGGGCAUUAUUGGUGCCCUCUCCAGAAAAGCUGGAAGGAGAAAAGGGAGUCGCGGGACCAAAUGAUGAGCUAGAUGAUGUAACUUUGCUUCUUGAAAGUGUUCUGGAGAGCGAUUUGAUGGACCUGAGCGAGAUUUCAGUGCAUACUGGGGACACAGAAAAUGAAUCAAUGUAUCCAGAAAGCGCUUCAAUUAACAAGGACAGCGACUCCGGUGCCAGCAACUCAAAUUCAGACACGGGGGAUGGCCUGUACGACUGUUUCGCACCGUUAGAUUCUUAUUUCAAUCAUACCUGGGAUGCAGAAUAUGCUGUACCAGGAUUCGGGCUUUGGGAUCAAGAAGAUGACGACGUACUAUGGCCAUGGGAGAGUUAAACCCACAAAAACAGACCAGUUGCAGUAAGUUCAACAUCAAAAUGCUUCAUCGGAGGAGAAAGGCAUAUAUCGUCAACUUUUCUUGCUGCAGCUGCUGUAAUCCCCUCUCUAAAAAGUAAUAGUCGGCUAACAUAAAAACUAGUAGUCCUGAAUAAAUUCACAAUUUUAUCUAGCAGAUUGUCGCUUUAUGGUAGGUAGCAUGUGUAGGCAAUUGAUUAUCAGCAUGUACAGUAUCAAGACAUUUGCCAAAAAUAAAUAAAAACAGCACGAGUAGAUGAGUAUUCUAACUUCCUCAAA